UUGAUUUUUAGCAAAACAUGCAGAGGGGAUUUUGAAAAGUGUGGUAAAUUACAAUUUUUCAGUGGCGUACGACCGUUUGGUGUUUCGUUGCUUGUUGCCGGUUGGGACAAGGAGCCAAAUGUUGGUCGUCCACUGCUCUUCCAAUGCGAUCCUUCGGUAAGACAUUUUUUCUUGGAUGGAGCAUAUUUUGCCUGGAAAGCAACAGCGCUUGGGAAAAAUGACGUGAAUGCGAAGACGUUUCUGGAGAAGCGGUUCAGUGAUGCGCUGGAGUUGGAUGAUGGAAUCCAUACGGCACUGCUCACUUUGCGUGAAAGCUUUGACGUGGGAAUGACAGAGGAUAACGUUGAAAUAGCAAUAUGCAACAAAAAUGGAUUUAGUCGUUUGUCGAAGCAACAAGUGAAAGAUCACCUUGGCGCCCUUUGA